AUGAAGUACAUCUCGUCCGUGCUACGGUCGUCCACGGUGCGUCGGUCGAGCGCCCACUCGCGCAGUAGUGAGAAGGCCCAUGUGAUAGAGCGUGGCGCGGUCGUCUCGCCACGCACCGUGUUGCUUGGCCUCGUGCUCAACUCGUCGGAAUUCCUCUUUGUCGCCUCGAUCAUGGAUCUCGACUGGACCGGUCUCUGGGAGCGGCAGUCGGUGACUGCGACGCCGUCCUUUGCCCGCGACUGGUCGCUUCUCGAGUCGAACUGCGCGCUUGAUCGAGAGGGCUUCGUGCCCGCCACUUGCGCGGUGAUCCGAGAGCUCCAUGGCGCUACGAUGCCCACGAUCGGGCGGCUUCUCGGCUCGCAGUGGCAACCAACGACGCCCGUGCGCGUCACCGCCUGCGUCAUGGGCGCCACGGCCGGGUUUGGCGCUGUUCUCUUUUUAGCGUUCGAUUUGAACGGACCACCCGCAACGUGUACGCUUGCGUCGACGUCGUCACUGAUUUUAGGGCUCGCCCUCCUCGAAGCCACGCUCUAUGAACCGACGACGCCGCGCUUUCUGCUCAGCACCUUUGUCGACGCGCGUGACGUCAUGACAAUGACACGGACCGACACGUCCGGUGCCGCAACGACCGUCACGGCCAACGUCACCAAGGUGUGCAUUACACCGGACGGCCAACACGUGACACCGGCGUCGCAUAACGUCACGAGUUGGGCGUUUGCGUCGCAUCCCAUGGGGACCAACGCCAACGAAAUCACCUUGUUUCAGGCCAUCUUGGUACCGACGAUCUUGCAUUUGGUCAACGGCGAUUUUCUGACAACGCUCUUGGGGUGGCGCGGCGUCCUGCGCCAGCAACCCGUGCCGACAUAUGACUUUGUCUCGGGCCUCGAGCGCCGGCGCCUCGCGCUUCUCUUCCUCCUGCUCGUGCGGCUCCCAGCUCUCGGGUACAUUAAAGUGACGCGCCUGUACAUGGUCACGACAGAGGACUUUGGAAUCUACUGCAUUGCGAUGCUCAUGGUGAGCGGUCUGCCCGUGUUUGCGUUUUGUUGUUGCUGCCUUCUUCUUCACAUGCUGCCGACGCCACGAGCGCUACGGGGGCGAGCGAUUCGCGUCCUCGCACCACUUUUUAUGCUGGGGACCAUGUUCUCGGUCCUCAUUGCCACGUGCAUCUGCACGAACCCGCAGAGCACGCACCAAGACCCGAUCUGGCGUCGCCCAUCGUCGCUCUCGCUGCAUCUGCCGAGGACCAAGACGCCGUUAGCCCUCGGUGCGUACGUAUCAAAGGACGUGCCGUCGGUGGCGACGCUGCUUGCUGGAGAGAUUGCGGCCUGCGUGGGGCUCACGCUCGUGGUGAGCAUCGCCGUGCCCAUGUGGCAGCACCGGCGCUGGACGCUCGACACGACGUUUUUUGCCCGCAACGAGUUCUUGGCGCGCGAGCGCCCCCACGACUGCAUCAAGUACGGAACCAAAAUCUUUGCCCAACCGAGCUUGAUUGCGCUCCUUGGCUACGUGUUUAUCGAAGUCGCGCCCAAAACGCGCCAAGAUAUUGCCGUCAAUAAGGACGCGACGAGUGCGCCCGCAGAGUUCCUACUGCUCUCCAUGUACGACCUCGUGCCGACGCUGUUGCCGUGGAAACUGCGGUGUCCGCACCUUGUGGGCUCCGUGCUCAACUAUCAGUAUAUACCGGCGGCGCCUAGUGCCGUCGUCGGUCGCCACUCCAAGUAUGUGCCGACCAAAGGCAUGUGUGUGAGCUAA